UAAAAAUAUAUAAGUGAUUUUAUAUCUCACAUUUGGACAUUUCGCUUCUGAACAUAAGGUAUUUUUUCUGACUCUUACAGGAAUGAUUUACAUAGACUUAUGUUGACAGUUACCUACUAAAUGUAUAUGUCUUUAUAAAUGUGAAACUAAACUAAACUAAACUAACUAACUAAUGAAUACAGUAAAAACAUGUUAGGUUAACUGAGAGCUUUUGCCGUUGUUUCAUUAUAGAAUUUAAAACUCUACAUAUAAACUCCGGAACGUACGUGCUAUGACAGUUUAACCCUACCUAAGGUUUACGUAACUUUAAUUGCUUUAUAUCAAAACUGAGUCAUUUUUUCUUGUUAAAGAACCGGUCUACGUGGUCUAGUAACAGGAAUUUGGUGAACUGGAAAUGUAUUUUGAUAUAUAUCUAGUUUGCUUAAUACAAGUGAAGAUAUAUUAUUUUGCAUAAUAAUAUCAACAAACACGAAUAAUCAUCAUACAGUGAAAAGAUUAAUAUUUGUCCAUAAUAUUUGUAAGUAAAGCAAAUAUUCGUUGUAAAUCGUGCUUACUAGUCUAUCAAGCUUGUAAGCAAUCGUGCUUACUAGUACUGUUUUAUGUAUUUGUGUAUUUUUGUCCUGACAGUUUUUAAAAUUGUGUACUCAUUUCCUCAAAUGCUUGCAAUGGGGAAAGACAAGACCCCUCUUGUUAGUUAGUGGCAGCAGAUACCGAGAAGUGCCGGUACUCUGAAGAGAAAAACCAAGAGGUGCUGGUAUUGGGGAUCAGGCUACUUAAGGGACUGGUGUUAUGGAGUGUUUGAAGAACCAAAAGUAUUGGUGUGUGUUGGUGGUUGCUCUCUUCACAAUAAGGUGGACCAGUGGAGCCAAAGAUGAUGACAAGCCUAACUUUGUCCUUAUAAUGGUUGAUGAUUUGGGCAUAGGGGACGUUGGGUCCUAUGGGAAUGACACUAUCAGGACCCCUAACAUUGACCAGCUGGCUCAGGAGGGAGUGAAGCUGACCCAGCACAUUGCUGCCGCUCCCCUCUGCACCCCCAGCAGAACAGCCUUCAUGACAGGACGAUACGCUCUUCGGUCAGGACUGGGCAGUACUGGACGUGUGCCGGUCAUUCUAUUCCUGGGUGGAGCAGGAGGUCUUCCUUCCAACGAGACCACGUUCGCUAAGAUCCUACAGAAACAGGGUUACACUACAGGGAUUGUAGGAAAAUGGCACCUUGGUGUAAACUGUGAGAGCAGGAAUGACCACUGCCACCACCCUAACAACCAUGGAUUUGACUACUUCUACGGUCUUCCUUUCACAAAUUUCAAUGACUGUAAACCGGGUGAGGAGACAGCUGUGUUGGCCGACCUGCAGGUGGUGCUGUGGAAUGUGUCAAUGUUGCUGGGUCUGGCCAUCCUCACUCUGGUAGGAGUGUGGCUCCUUGGUCUCCUGGAGGUCAACCAGAAGCUGUUCGUCAUGCUCAUGCUCAUCUACUUCCUGGCACUGGCGGUCUGGUACGUGCCCUUUAAACAUCUGCAGACCUGGAACUGCAUCAUCAUGAGGAACGAGCUGGUGGUCGAGCAGCCAAUCAACCUAGACACUCUGUCACACCGCAUUAUGAAUGAGGCCGAGCAGUUUCUGGAAAGAAACCAGCAGAACCCCUUUCUUCUGUUCCUGUCUCUGGUGCACGUUCACACGCCACUGUUUAUGUCCAAAAACUUUGUGGGGAAGAGCAAACAUGGACUUUACGGUGACAAUGUGGAGGAAGUAGAUUGGAUGACAGGUAGAAUUGUGGAAACUGUUGAGAAACUUAACCUCUCCAGGAAGACACUAAUAUAUUUCACUUCUGAUCAUGGAGGACAUAUAGAGGUGUCAGAUCACCGUGGCCAAAAGGGAGGCUGGAAUGGCAUUUACAAAGGAGGCAAAGGUAUGGGCGGCUGGGAAGGCGGGAUCCGCGUGCCGGGCCUCUUCCGCUGGCCGGGCCGCCUGCCUGCCGGAGAGGUGAUCGAUGAGCCUACCAGCCUCAUGGACGUCUUUCCCACGGUGGUUGGCCUGGCAGGGGGGGAGCUACCAAGAGACAGAUUCCUGGACGGCCACGACCUGAUGCCCCUCAUGGAAGGGCGAGUCCGGAGAUCCAAGCACGAGUUCAUGUUCCACUACUGCGGAGCGUACCUGAACGCUGUGCGCUGGCACCCCCGAGACAGUGAUGCGGUUUUCAAAGUUCACUUCUUCACACCCAACUUUUGGCCCCCGGGGGCUGGAGGCUGUUACAACACCAAGCUCUGCUUCUGUCACGAGAAGUUUGUCACCCAGCACAACCCCCCACUGCUGUUCGACUUGGCCCAGGACCCAUCUGAGAGCAGGCCCCUGACGCCAGACACGGAGCCCCGCUAUGCGGAGGUGCUGCAGAGGGUCCGGGAGGCAGUGGAGGAACACAGCCGAACACUCAGUCUGGUCCCCAACCAGCUGAGCUGGAGCAACGUGCUGUGGAGGCCCUGGCUACAGCCCUGCUGUGGAACCUUCCCGUUCUGCUCUUGCUCGGAGCCCAAUGUUACCAUGACAUGAGGCUCCUGAGGAACCCAACUGACAGGAGGAUCUUGAGGAACCCUGCAUCACUGUGCUGUGGGGCUUCCGACGAACGAAAGAGCAUCCCAGUGCAGAUUCCCCAAAAUGAGAAUGGAUGUUCAAAACUGUUACCUCAGACAUGUCAAGGCAAUACAAGAUGGGUUGUCACACAGCAUUGCAGCUCUUUUAUCUGUGGUGCUUGGUGUCAGCAGACUGUUAAUGGUAAGCCAAUCUGCUUCAGCAGAAAAAAGGAACACAAUACAAAUUAAAUGAUACAAGAAUAAGAAGUACACUAGUUCAGAAUUAAAAUAAGGCUGCAUUUGGCAAUUGCGUUUACAAUUUUCUGUCAGUGUUUUUGUGAGAUUCUUUGCCUAGUUCUUCAGUCUUUCUCCAGCGACAAUACAAACUACUGUACGCCCUUCAUUCCACAUGGUGGCACUAUUUACCCAUAAAAAUUCACAUUCAUUUUGUCUGCUUAGUAUUCAUUUGUGGUUUUAAAGACGAUGAUGCACACCUUUUCUCAAGGACAAGCUGAGCUUGUAUUAUAGCUAAUGUCCGUUGAAUAUGUUGUGCAUAUUCUUAAUUUAGUCAAUUACUCACUGUUCUCUUUAGUGUGCUUGAACGGUCUACUUAUAUUAAAUGUAUUUACAUAGCAA